UUGUCCAGCCGUCGCUCCAACAAUGCAGCUUUUAAUGGUGCUGUGAGCGGAGCGAGCUGAAAACGCAGCAACACCGCAGGCUUGUCCGGUGACUGUAGUCUUGCAAAAUUAAACACAACGAGUUAUUUAGGUUUUGACAAAGCCACCGGGCGGCCUUGACUCAGUUAUUUGGACAAUUCGGACUCUUCUGCUGUGGUUCCUGCUUUGAGAAGGACAAGAAUAUUCCAGAAGCCAGAUCUCCAAAAGGAAUCCCUGGAAAAAGUGACCGAAAAAUGAGCACAACCCGGAUAGAAGAAGCUGGCCCACCCACCCGUCUCUCUGACCUGUGAGCGGCCAUGCCCUCCGUGCCUCACCCAUCGAGGGGAACUCUCCAGACACCGGAGUGUUUUCUGGAAUAGAUUAGGAAAAUAGCUUAACCCCGCAAUAGAAAUGGUAUUGGUUUGUCUGAGCUAUACCACAUCAGAGGUUAUUUUAGAAUACAGGUGAGGCCGAUCCUCACCUUGCUGACAAGGUCGUAUCAUGGCCGCUGCUGAUCCCCAUAGCAACGCUUCCUUGGCAAUGCAAGGAGCAGACUGAGAGAAUCAACAAUGCAGCGUAACGGCGGGGGGGCGGGCGCCGGUGGCCAGCCAUGGGUGUUACGGCGCGUGCGUCUCACCUGGCUCAGUUUCAUGCUCUUUUUCAUCCUGGUCUUCUUCCCACUCAUCGCCCAUUACUACCUCACAACCAUCGAUGAAGCCGGGGGUCCCGAGAAGCACAUCUUUGGCCCGCGGCCCGGUGGCGAACUCUGUGAGGUCAAACAUGUGCAGGAUCUGUGCCGGAUCCGCGAGUCGGUCAGCGAGGAGCUGCUGCAGCUGGAGGCCAAGAGGCAGGAGCUCAACGGGGAGAUCUCCCGACUCAACAUGCGCAUCGAGGCCUGCAAGCGCAGCAUCGACAGCGCCAAGCAGGACCUGCUGCAGCUGAAGAACGUUAUCAGCCAGACGGAACACUCCUAUAAAGAACUGAUGGCCCAGAACCAGCCCAAGCUUUCACUGCCGGUCAGACUGCUGCCAGACAAGGAGGACCCGGGUUUACCACCGCCGAAGUCUGCACGCUCCUGCCGCCUACGCUCCUGUUUCGACUACGCCCGCUGCCCUCUCACCUCUGGGUUUCCAGUCUAUGUCUAUGACACAGCCUCCUAUCCAUGGGCAGACUUUAUUGACCCCCUGGUGAAGCAGGCGUUUGCAGCAUCAGUGAAGAGCAACAUUUAUAUAACCGAUAACCCCAGCAUUGCCUGUCUCUAUUUGGUUUUAGUCGGGGAGCUGCAGGAGUCCUCCUCCCCGCCUCCACCUCCCUCAGAGCUGGAGAAGCAACUGAAAGCUCUGCCUUACUGGAGAUCUGAUGGACACAAUCAUGUUCUGGUGCAUUUCUCUAGAAUGUCAAUGACACAGAACUUCCUGUAUAAUGUGAGCACAGGACGGGCGGCAGUCGCUCAGUCCACCUUCCUGGAGCAGCAGUACCGCGAGGGCUUUGACUUGGUUGUGUCCCCGCUCGUUCAUGCCCUCUCAGAGCCAAACUUUUUAGAAGUGCCCCCUCAAGUUCCUGUAAAAAGGAAAUACCUCUUCACCUUCCAGGGGGAGAGGGUGGAGUCACUAAGGAGCAGCUUACAGGAAGGACCCCCCCAGACUUUCGAGGAGGAGAUGGAAGGAGACCCACCAGCCGACUACGAUGAUCGCAUCAUCGGCACCUUAAAGGCGGUGCAGGACAGCCACCUUGAUCAGGUGCUGGUGGAGUUCACCUGCAAGAACCCCCGGCCGAGUCUGCCGACUGAGUGGGCUCUGUGUGGGGAGAGGGAGGACCGGCUGGAGGUGCUUAAGGUUUCCACCUUUGGCCUGGUGAUAGCUCCAGGGGACGGGCAGCUGGUGGCCUCAGCAGGCUGUGGGAUGAGGCUCUUUGAGGCCCUCGAAGUGGGGACCAUCCCAGUCGUGUUGGGGGACCACUCCAGACUGCCGUAUCACCAGCUUAUUCGAUGGAGCGAAGCUGCCAUCAUAGUCCCUAAGCCUCGUGUCACAGAGCUACACUUCCUGCUGCGCAGCCUAUCAGACAAUGACAUGCUGGCCAUGAGGCGGCAGGGCCGCUUCCUGUGGGAAACGUACUUCUCUACCUCGGAGAAUGUUCUAAACACCCUCCUGGCCUGCAUCAGAACCAGCAUCCAGGUUCCUGCUGCUCCCAUCAAAGAAGAGCCGGCUCACGAGAUUCCCCACAAAGCAGGGAAGCUGGCAGGAACUGAUGCCAACCUGGCUGACAAUGGGGACCUGGAUCUGGGUCCUGUUGAGACGGAGCCCCCCUACGCCUCUCCGCGCUUUCUCCGCAACUUCACAUACACAGCUUCAGAAACAUAUAGAGCAUGGAACCGGGCCCCGGGGCCUUUCCAUCUGUUCCCUCACACUCCUCUGGACCCCGUGUUGCCCUCUGAAGCCAAAUUCCUCGGCUCUGGAACUGGCUUCAGGCCCAUCGGUGGAGGUACGGGAGGCUCAGGGAAGGAGUUUCAGGCAGCUCUAGGAGGGAAUGUGCCCCGAGAACAGUUCACCGUGGUCAUGCUGACCUAUGAGAGGGAGGAGGUGCUGAUGAACUCUCUGGAGAGGCUGAAUGGACUGCCGUACCUCAACAAAGUAGUGGUGGUGUGGAACUCACCCAAGCCUCCCUCAGACGACCUGCUGUGGCCAGACAUCGGCCUGCCCAUCGUGGUUGUCCGCACAGAGAAGAACAGCCUCAACAACCGCUUCCUUCCCUGGGACGUCGUGGAAACCGAGGCCAUCCUGUCAAUUGACGAUGACGCUCAUCUCCGCCACGACGAGAUCAUGUUCGGGUUCAGAGUGUGGCGCGAGGCCAGAGAUCGCAUCGUGGGUUUCCCCGGGAGGUACCAUGCGUGGGACGUGAACCAUCAGUCCUGGCUCUACAACUCCAACUACUCCUGUGAGCUCUCCAUGGUCCUGACCGGAGCUGCUUUCUUCCAUAAGUACUACGCCUACCUGUACUCCUACGUGAUGCCCCAGGCUAUCAGGGACAUGGUGGACGAGUACAUAAACUGUGAAGACAUCGCCAUGAACUUCCUGGUUUCUCACAUUACCCGAAAACCUCCCAUCAAGGUGACGUCACGUUGGACUUUCCGCUGUCCCGGCUGCCCUCAGGCCCUUUCACACGACGACUCCCAUUUCCACGAACGCCACAAGUGCAUCAAUUUCUUCGUCAAAGUGUACGGCUACAUGCCGCUGCUGUACACACAGUUUCGCGUGGACUCUGUGCUGUUUAAGACUCGUUUGCCCCACGACAAGACCAAGUGCUUUAAGUUCAUAUAGCACCGGGCUGAGUGGCCCAGCAAAGAGCCAAAAGCAGAGAGGGUUGAAGGACUGGAAGUAUUUAAAAGAACAGCAGCUCCCUCUGCACGCAGUGAUGAAGAUGGAUGGACUGCCAGAUAAAUGCACAAAGGAAAAGUUGGUGGUGAGGAGAUUGCCCAGGGGGGAGACAAGACCUUUAAAGCUGUUGGCUGGGUGGUCUAAUCCACAACUCUACUGGAAAUGUGAAGAGUGGAAGCUGAAAGGGACGACUGCCAAGAAAAUGAGCCUUUUCAGUGGAUGUCACUCUUCCUUUUUCAUGUUCUUCAAUGACGCUCAAUCAUCAACCACUACAGAUGUCUUUUGCACCUCUUAACGGUCGCCGAGGAAAGAGGACGGUUGUACAGACGAGUGUACAUUAACUCUACCUUACAAUGGAGCUGUAGCUGCUUCACUGACGGACUGAUGUCAUGCUGCGCUCGCCAGCCGCCUGUCGACAGCUUCAGCUGGGAGGGCAUCAGCAGCACAUCGCUGACACUUCGAUUUUUUUCAUUUUCACAGUAACAAACUGUACUUGUACGCAAGACGAGCACUGAGGGUCAGAGGUAUUUUAUUGGAAAAUCUUCUUUUAAAUCUAAAUGUGUAAAUCUUUUUUGAUGGACAAACUUUUUCCAGAUCCUCCGCCUGUUGGAAAUCAGACACAAACUCAUUGGUUCGAGAAGGAAACGGGGGCUCGACUGAAGACUUUGGCCCAAUCAUGUUUAGUAUUGUCACAUGUUCAAGAAGGAAUUCACUUCAGUGGUCACCAUAAUGCCUCAAAUCUGUCAUGGAAACCAGCCACCAUCUUGUCAUUUUGUUAUGCUUACAGGAUCCGCACUCUGCGACGAGUGUUUGAAAAUGGCCUGUUUUUUAUGCUAUAGGGUGUUUGUAAAACUGGUCUGAGAUUCAAGUAGUCAUGUUUUAAAUGUAAUAAUGAUAACCAGCCAAUGGUUACAAUGUCCCUUACUGAGGUGCAACCAAGUCAUGAAUCACUGCUGCCAAAAUCAGAAAAUGAAAAUGUUUGGAUGUCUAAUUAAAGUUGUAAUUGUAAAGAAGGAUACAUUUAACACAAUUAGGAUAAUAUACAAAUAAAUAAAAAAGAUUAAAGGGAGUAGCUUGACGUUUUAGGAAAUACAAUGAUUUGCUUUCAUGUGCAGAGUUAGAUAUUUACAGCUCUGAAAUCUGUCAACUUAGCUUAGCCUAGCUUAGAUUAGCAUAAAGAAUGGAGACUGGUUGAAAAACAACUAGCCUGUCUCUGUCCUUGACUCGUACCAAAAUCUGCCUCAGUAUCUUUGAAGCGCACUUACUAAUGUGUUUGUUAAAUCCAAACAAAACAUAAGGUGUAAACAUGACAAGCUGUUUAGCUGUUUCCAGUUGUUGUGUUUUGCUAAGCUAACCGGCAACAGGCUAAAGCUAAGCCUUAUAUUGAAUUAAUAAAUAGUAUCAUCUUACUCACCAGACCGUAAAUAAGUUUUCCAACAUUUCAAACUACUCUCUUUAAUAUAUUUCCAGUUAUAGCGCUGCGACAGAUGUAAUAGAAAUGUCCCGCCAUGUUCAUGCCUCCUGUAUAGAUCUCUCCCGGCUCAGACAGAAACGUCACUUUAGUGUCGCCAUAUUGGUUCCACUUUGUUUGUUUUUUACCAUUGCUUGAUGAAUGUUUUCUUUGCCAAAUAGGUACGAUGUCUGCUGCUUCAGAGCAUUGUUUCGGGUGCAGCGUGUAAGUGGUUGCAGUCUGGUACAUCCAUUUCCACUCUGCAUGGUACUUACGUUCAGAAGGCGAUCCAUUGGAGCCCUUUCCAUCAUGUAUUAUAAGUCCAAAGUCCUUUAUUUGAUCAGACUUUAAAUCGUGUAAUCUGAACAAAACAUUAACCUAAAAACAUACCUUUUUAAAAAACAAUUUAAUGAUGCUUUCCCCCAAAUAAGAUUCUAACUGUGAGGAUGCUUUUAUGAAACAGAAACUCUCACAAGUCCAUGGUUCCUGUAUAUUUAUUGAAUAUAUUAUUAAGAAAGAUUUUUUAAAACUGAUGACACAUUCAAUAAAAUAACAAAACAUUGUAGUUCAUUAUUCCUUAUCCUUAAGAAGUCCCAACAGGACUUAGCCGUAUAUCUUUAUUACAUUACCAAGGAAAACUAGCUUGUGCCACUAAAUGCUUGAGAGGGAACCUAACAGACCUGAGAGCAGCACUCAGGCAGGAAAGUGUUUUAUGGACGUCAAGAUGUCCUGGUUCUUAGGAAGGUCAACUUGAAACAGAAUGUCAUAAAAUGAAAAGAAGCUUCUGGCACAGUCCUAAAGUGUCUUUGAAGCCAAAUCUCUACCUGAACCAGGUGGCUGCUGCUGCUGCCUCAAAACCAUUACAUUAGGCAUGUUAGGUAAACAGGGUAACGAGCCAGAUUCCUAAUUACACAAGUCUAAAAUGGAAAUGUGCACUCGUGCUGCACCAGACUUUAAAAACCAGCAUGUCUUCUCACCUGAACGCUUUUAUUGCAGCUCCUAGGGGCCUCAUAAUUACCUGUCCUGGGGCAUAAAUGGGAUUAGAUGGUAUUUUUUUGGAAGUCAGUACCUCCCCCCUCUCCUCCAGGAUAUGUGGCACAGCUGGUUUUCCAUGGCCUGGGGCAGGAUACUUUCCCCCUGAAGGCUGCGGUCCCUCUGCUGGGUGUUGGGUGAAACUAUGUGUGAUCCAGGGUGAGGGUCCGCCUCCAGCCCCUUGCAGCGCUGCCUGAGCUGUGAUGACAGCGUCAGACAUACCAUUGAAGGCCAGAUUAAUGGAAAUAAAAACAUUGUUAAAACAGUA